AGUGAGGUGAGCUUAUUCUCACAGGUCAUUUUCACUGAUUCAUGAGGUUUUUCCGCUUUUUUCAUAGACGUUUCUCUCAUGUAGGUGUUUUUGUUAAUUUUUGGACAAAACACAACCGAAACGCCAUCCCAAAACUGCUUUCUACCGGCCACUAUUGUGAGCAGCGAGUUGAUCACCGUUACACAACCCACCCUCAACCUCGACCUCACCCAACUCACUCACCAUCUCACUUCCAACAACCCAUCUGUCUUCACAUAUCAAGGCAAUCUUCUCUCCACCACCCACCAUGCCCCUCCCCCCAGCUCAAAAAUCCCUCCUCGUCUCCCUCUCCGGCCCCUCCUCCUCAGGCAAAACAACGCUCGCCCGCCUCCUCCGCGACCUCCUCCCAAACACCUUCAUCCUCCACGAAGACGACUUCUACAAGCCCGAAUCCCUCCUCCCCUUUCGUUCCGGUCAUCGAGACUGGGACUGCCCCGAAGCAAUCGACCUCCCUGCCCUAACCAACGCCCUCACUUACAUAAAAUCCACCGGAGAAUUCCCCCCCUUCAUCAACUCAAAGGAAGACCAAAACACCCUCGGCGCCUGCCCCGCCUCCCCGUCCCACAUCAACCUCGCCAAGGCCAUCAUCGCCAGCUCAUCCCUCCACUCACUCCUCAAACACGCCAAGAUCUGUAUCCUGGAUGGGUUUUUAUUGUAUUCACAGGCCGAGGAGUUCAAGCCUAUCCUUGAGCUGAUUGACGUCAAGCUUUUUUUACUGGCGUCAGAGGAGAAGGCGGUAGCAAGGAGGAAGGCGAGGGAUGGGUAUGUCACCCUCGAAGGGUUCUGGAAGGAUCCGGAGGGGUAUGUGGAGGAGGUUGUGUGGCCUAAUUAUGUGGAGCAGCAUGGGUAUUUGUUUGUGGACGGGGAUGUCAAAAGGGGGAGGUUAGACAGAAAGGUGUUGGAGAGGGAGGGGAUAUUGGCUAUGGGGGAUGGGCAUGGGCAUGGGGAGGGGUUUGGGGAGGUGUUGGUUUGGGCUGUGGGUGAGGUGGUUAAUAGGCUGGAGGGGUUUCUGGGAGGGGAGGGGGGGCGGGGGGAGAAUGAGGGUGAGUAAAUGUGAUCAUGAUAGAUAAAAGGCACAUGUACCAACG